AUGUCACCCUCAAAACUUACUCUUAAAGUUGGUUGUCCCGUUAUUCUUCUUCGCAACCUUGCACCUCACCAAGGUCUCUGUAAUGGCUCUCACUUAGUAGUAACAAAACUCGAAGACCAUGUAAUUGAAGCUCGCAUUCUAUGUGGUGACCAUGCUACCUUUUCUAUGACCAUAAAUAAAUCACAAGGUCAAUCCAUAAAGUAUGUAGGAUUAGACCUUAGAACACCUGUUUCUCUCAUGGCUAACUCUAUGUAG